UGCGGAACCAAAUUACCAAAUUUGCAUUCGAAAUUCGAAAAUCGAAACUUGCUUGCGUCUGGGAAAGUUCGCACGAAAGACUUAUUUUGUGCAAGUAAACCUUAAAAGGAGAUUAUCUACAGCUGAAUAAUGAAGUUUUAUCUUGCCUGCAUCGCUCUGAUCGCCGUGUUUUGCUCUGUAAAAGCCCAAGGUAAAAAAGCAAGCACAAGUGCUGCUAUCAUUAAACCAAAUGCUACGGUCAAACCAAGCAUCAGCGUUCCACUUGUCACCCAGAGCAGUCAUAAACCCAGCCUAAAUCCAAUUUCCAUAAAAACAAUUUCUCCUAGCAAUACCAAUAUCCCCAGCAAUACUGUUACUGCCCAUCCAACCAUGAAGCCUAACAGUACUGCGCAUCCAACCAUGAAGCCUAACAAUACUGUGCAUCCAUCCAUGUACCCUAAAAGUACCGGUACUGUGCAACCCACCAUGAAACCUAAUAAUACCGUUUCUAGCAACACCACGAUACCUGCCAUGAACAGCACCUACAACCCAAAUGCUACAAGUCAUGUUUCUUCCAAAACAACAAAGAUUGCCCAUCAUUCACCAUCUCAUUCUCCAUCUCUGCCUACAAAACCAACUGCAUCACCAGGAAAAGAUGACAAGGAUUAUGACAGUGUGAAGAAGCGCAUGUGGAUCGCUGCGGCCUUUGCAAUCGUGUUCGGCCUGACUACAGUAAUUCUCUUGUACCUUGUCUACCGACAACGUAAGAUUAACAAGGAACUUGAAGGAGACCCAGCCACAUCUCGGUUGCUAUAAAAGCCUUGAACGCAUUUCAACUACUUUAAACCUCGCUUACAGCUUGAAAGCUAAUUGAUAUUAAUGUUUUUCAAUGUGUAAACAUAAUUAUGUGUAUUUAUCAAAUGUUGUUCACAGGAGAGACUUUAAGGGCGUCAGAGUUGCAUAAAAAAACAGCGGGUAGACGGGUACCCACCCAGCCGUGAGGAAGGUUUACUUUACAUAAAAUGAGCUUUGUGAGAAAAGUUUGAUUGUUGAGCACCUUAAUUCAUCACAUGCUUGUACAAAAACGUGACGUGAUGUCAUUUUGAGGAAGGUUUUCAAAACCUGAAAUCCUACCCGGAGAAAGAUUGAAAUCUUUUUGCAACUCUGAACAGUUAGUAUCUACCUAAUAUGAACGAGUUUUGUGAUUGGCUUUUUGUAAUAAUAGUGUAGAUGCAGUGUUUAUGAUUCGUUUUUUUAGAAAUCAAUUUCUGUAGUUCAUUUUGUUUUAUGUUAUCAUCAACCAAUAUAGCAAAGCUUGUUCAUAUAGGUACGUACCGAUCCACUCUGAAGCUUCGUUUCCACAGUUAAGAGCGUAGACCAACUGCACAUUAUAUUUGUAUCUGAACUGCGCUACUCCAUUCGCGAUUUUUCGUGACGUAAAUUACGGUCUGAAGAACGAGAUUGGUUGACACGCUGAUAUCAGCAAAAAAAAAGGUUAGCAAGACGAUCCUUGUCUUUAAAGAGGUAGUUAAAUAUUGUGUUUUCAGUUUUCCCAUGGGUUUUCCCGCCCUUCACCCAUGUGUAUAAUUGCGUGAGGAAUUUAUUAAAGUGUACUUCCCCCACGAUAAAACAUCUGAAAACAUCUCUCGAUACCAAAUCCAGUUACGUUAUCUAUUAUUAUUACGUCAUCUAAAAGUCAUCCCCUACAAGUGAACGCAUUUUAAACGCCAGUGUGUGAAGUUAAUGUAGUGCAUGUAGCUGAUCUUUUUAGUUUUAAUAAAUUUAUUUGAUUCGA